GAAGGAUGAGGGCGUUUGUGUCUCUUUCCUUCCCGCGGGCUCUCGGCCGCGGCGGCUGCCGCGCUGACCAAUCGGAAGGCGCAGAGCCCCGCGCUUCCCGUCUUCUGAUUGGAAGAUUCAGACUCAAAAGUCCUCUUUCAAAUCUUUAACGGGUAGCGAGUUGAGUUGCCCCAGCUGGAGGCGUAGGCACCGGCGGUACAGCUUGGAGGACUGCUCUUGGCAGAAGAUUGCAUUCCAGUCUUUCAGAUAAUUUGGGAGAGGUUACUUUGGGCUUUCACUCUCAUCCUGUGGGCAAGUGGACCCGCAGAUUGACAGUGAGUACUGAAACCAGAAAGCUUGUUACUUUGAUUACCAGUAUCAUCAGUUUCCAUUUAGGGCCCAAGGAAUGCCUAAAGGUGAACUGUUAUUUAGAGAACCCUGAAGUGAUUGCACCAGCCAGAGAGACUUGUUCCUGAACAAAGAAGUGGCAGCAAUGAUGUCUCAGAGUAAAGCCUCUUAUUCCUUUGAUGCUCCAACAGCUUUCUUCAAUUUCACAUCUUUGAAUAAUGAAGAUGUAUAUAAUGUGGACUCCUGGUUUGAGGAGAGGGCCAAUUUGGAGAAUAAGCCUCCUGAAGAUGAUGAAGCACCAGAGCCCACCUAUAGGAAGACGCCUUUCAGAAAGGCUCACGUACCCCAAGCAGUUGUUAUGCCUUUGAGAUCAGUUGGCAACACUUGUGUAGAAACAGAGAAUCCAUCAGAAGAAUCUGGUCCAUCAAACGCUUGCAACUCGCCAGGCUACCAGGAAACUACGUCAAAAAAUGCCCCUGUUUUUGGAUCCCUUGUUCCGGGCCAGUCCCAAAGAGUGACUAGAAACAUGUCUGCUAAGAAGAAAUCAGAGCAGCGGCAGAAACAUCAGCUCAAAAUGAAAGCAGAGAGACACACUGUUCCCGUGGUCAGUGAUGAAAUGCCUCCUUCUAAGAAAAUGAAAGUCACUGAGGGCAAAAGUAAGUCCAUAAAAGGUAAUGCUUCCAAAAAUGAUACCCAGAAGAAAGAGUCUUCCGUGGGGCGACCUACAGGCAGAGCAGCUGUGUCUUGCAUACCACCCAUAAGGAAAAAGGUUCUAAAAAGUACAGAGGAACAAGAGUUGGAGAAGAGACUGAAGAUGCAACAGGAGGUGGUAGAGAUGCGUAAGAAGAACGAAGAGUCCUUGAAAAUAGCUCUAGCAGGGCAGCCUCCAAAGAAAAUUGUCAGCCAAGUAACCAAGUCAGUUGAUUUCCACUUCCAUACAGAUGAUAGGAUCAAACAGCACCCAAAAAACCAGGAAGAAUACAAAGAGGUGAAUUUUACUUCUGAACUUCGGAAGCAUGCUCCAUCUCCGGCCCGAGUAGGCAAGGGGCCUACCAUCGCCAAACCUUUCAAUUUGUCCCAAGGAAAGAAAAGGCCUUUUGAAGAAACAGCUUCUACUUAUGUCCCUCUUGCACAGCAAGUUGAAGCUUUCCAUAAACGAACUCCCAGUAGGUACCACCUGAGAAGCAAGAAAGAUGAUGAGAGUCUCUUGCCCUCCAAACCAUCGGUACUCAAGAUAACAAACCCACAGACUCCUGUAUUUAAAACCAAGCAGCGGGCAAGGCCUGUAACGUGUAAGAGCACCGCUGAAUUGGAAGCAGAGGAACUUGAGAAAAUUCAACAAUACAAAUUCAAAGCACGGGAACUUGAUUCUAGAAUCCUUGAAGGUGGGCCCAUACUACCAAAAAAACCUCCUGUAAAGCCACCCACUCAAGCUAUUGGUUUUGACCUAGAAAUUGAGAAAAGAAUACAGGAACGAGAGGGAAAAAAGAAGCCAGAAGAGGAUCACUUUGAGUUUCAUUCUAGACCUUGUCCUACAAAGAUCUUGGAAGAUGUUGUGGGUAUUCCAGAGAAGAAGCAACUCCCUCCUACAAUUCCAAAAUCUCCUGCCUUUGCCCUGAAGAACAGAGUCCGUGUGUUCACCAGAGAAGAUGAGGAAGAAGAACCAGAACCAGCAGUGAUCAGAGCUCACCCUGUGCCACACUAUGGGGUACCCUUUAAACCCCGAAUCCCAGAGCAGAGGACUGUGGAGAUUUGUCCCUUCUCCUUUGAUUCCCGGGACAAAGAACGGCAAUUACAAAAAGAGAAGAAAGUAAAGGAACUACAAAAAGGAGAGGUGCCUAAAUUCAAGGCACAUCCCCUGCCUCACUUUGACACUAUCAGUCUUCCAGAGAAGAAAGUGAAGAAUCCAACCCAGCUUGAACCUUUCCACCUACAGACAGAUGAGAGAGGAGCUCUUAAGGCUCAGACCUGGAAGCAGCAGCUUGAAGAAGAUUUAAAGCAACAGAAAGAAGCAGCUUGCUUCAAAGCUCGUCCAAACACUGUCAUCCAUCAGGAGCCCUUUGUCCCCAAAAAGGAAAAAAAACCAGCAUCAGAGGACCUUUCUGGUUCCAUAGUUCAGGAACCUUUUCAGCUCGCCACAGAAAGGAGGGCCAGAGAACGACAGGAAUUCGAGAAACAAAUAGCUGAGAUUGAAGCACAGAAAGCCCAGAAGCUUGAGGAAGCCAGGCAGCGGGAAGAAGAGCAGAAGAAAGAAGAACUAGCUAAAUUGCGGCAAGAACUGGUACACAAGGCGAAUCCUAUCCGCAAAUACCAGAGUGUACAAGUGAAGCCCAGUGAUCAGCCCUUGACCUUACCGGUAUCUCCCAAGUUUUCUACCAGAUUCCAGUGUUAAGCUACAGCUUCCUGUGUUUGCAUGUGCUCUUUCCACGUGGGAGAUGGACACACAAUCUACUACAAGUCAAGAGUCUUUUCAUGCUUUUAUCACUGGGCAUAUUGGACACAUUUCUAUCAACUGUCUUAAUUGUGUUUCACUCUUGAAGACUUUCAGACUUCGGAAUUAAUUCAAGGAAACCAUUAUGAUGUCCAUAAUGGAUUUUGUCCAAUCUAGCCACAUAGUUGCUUCCUUUCAGCACAGAUUGGUCAUUAAUGUGGGUCUUAAUUCUUAUAAUACAAAUUUCAGCAUAGUGUAACCUAUUAGCCCAUUCUUUUUUUAAAACAAGAAAAUAAAGAUACUUAAAUUUAGAGACUCAGCACUUAAGUCAUAAUUGGAGGUGAGGAUCUAUGUCUGAACUGCUUUCCUUUUUUCAUUCUCUCACGUUUCUCUUCUCAACUUUUGCUUUCUUUUAGGAGAGUAGGGUUGGCUCUAGAGAUAAGUAAUUAAUCAUGAACUCUUAGCUUUCAGUUGCUAAGAAAAAGAGAGAAAACUAGCCUAAGCAAAUCUUUAUUUAUACUAAUGAGUGAUAAGACCACAUGGAUAAAUUAAAUUCACAGAUGUUCCAGAAAACUUUAUUGUUGCCAUCACUUAAAGCUCAUGUACCACAUCUUUGCCAGAGCUAUUAUAAGAAACAUUUAAUGGAUAUGAACUUUGCAUCUUUUUUUUCUCCCAUUUCCCCAAACCAUCCCCCUACACCCUCCAAACACACAUUUCCUACAGUGUUGCCAACAAGCUAGAAUCUAGAGGGGAAAGGGAGAGGAGAGGAAGUGAAAAAAACACUGAAUAGAAUAAUAAAAUCUCUGUUAAGAAGAAUUGGAAGGAACCAGGGAAAUCCUUUAAUCCAGCUGCCAUCCAUACAUUAUAGAAUAAUCCCAUCCACAAGAUUACCAAAAGGUGCUUUUCCCACCUUUAUUUUAAGCAUUCUGAAAUGGGGAUCUUAUUCACUUUUGAAUAGCUAAUAUUUUAUAUUGAGUCAUAAUUUGCAUACCCCUGAAAUAAAUUCGUUUAAACACUUCCAGUUUGUAUUUAAGAAAGAAUUUAUGAGAUUUCAGUAGAAGUCUGUUCUUUUUGGUAACUGGAUCCAGGUAAAGUCUGAAAAUAGUUUGGGGUAUUUGUACUAAAGAAAAAAUUACUUAUGCUAAUUCUUUAUUGAUGAUCAGCUUGCACUGAUAACUAGUUAAAAAGUCCAACUAUUUAUUAAUUCAUGCCAACCAUAAGAUAGGUUAAAAUUCAAUACAUUGUCCUUGCUUGUGUUGUCCUGUCUUGGGUGUUAUACAGGAUGUAGAAUUUGCAGCUUGAUGUUUCUGUAAACAGAUUUGACUUUAGUACAACAUGAUUCAAGAGCCAUUUUGGGUACAUAAUUCACAAUAUGUCUCUGUAAAUUGCCAGAAGCCUAAUAGGAAAGAAUAAUAGGAUGGACUGACCAGAAAAUUGAUUAUAUUGUUGUCCAAACUCUGGGUUCUAUGCGGUGCCCCUGGUAUAUAAUUAGUACUUGUGAAGAGACAUUUCACAAGAAAAUUGUUUUCCUCUCCAAAAAUAAUAGAGCAGCCUUCUCCUCAUUAUGACAUAUAGAUAACCUAGAAUUCUUGAGGCUAUGGGAACAGAGCACCAACUUUGAAUCCUACUAAAUAUGGGAUCAGUAUUGGACUACAUUUCACCAUGAACUGGGCUAAUUAAGUUUGAAGAGGCUCAUUACCAAAUUGGCUACAUCAAGCCCAAGCCCUUUUUUUAUUUUAAAUGUUUAAUAAUUGGUGGCUUUUAUUUUUUACUGUCUAGUUUAAAUCUCUUGUAAUAAAGAUUUUAAAAUUCAGGAAACUUGCUGAGCAAAAUUAACAAAUAAGUAGACUGCCUUUGGCGGUAAUUUGUAAUCUUUCACCCCUAUAGUUGUAUCUCUCCUAUCCUUCAGUAAAUAGAAAGAGAUGUGUUGUCUUUCUCUUG